GGUGAGACACCUGCUGCAGCGAACGACAGCUCACAACAGAGGGCAAAAGACCACUUUCGUAUCACAGUUUAUUACACAUGUAUUGACAAAGUCGUCAGUGAACUUCAAUCAAGGUUUGAGGGCAAUGACCUGGGCCCAGUUGUUCGAAAGCCGAUUAGCUCUUAACCCGGGGUUAAAUUUAACCCGGGUUUCUUUUUCUUGGGUUCAAAAGCAUUUUGUCGAGUAAUUUUCUCUGCUAUUUUUAGAGCUUCCAAUCAUCAACUUGUAGACAAAAAGAAAUGAAACUGAAAUGCUUUUUAAGCUGUCAAAUCUGAAUUCAAAUCUCGCACUAACCCUGGGUUAUCUUAACCCAGCUUUGAACAACUCGGCCCUGGAGGUUUUGUGCGCAUUGGGCGAAAUCGUAUUCAGCCGUUCUCCAAGCAUCAACAACAUCCAAACUAUAUGA